AUGCGUGCCUCGCUGGCCGCAAUAACCCCCACUUUUAGAGGCUAUGUUGACUCUCCCGCAGACAUGCUUCUCGUCUUGCAAGCUGUCCUGGAAGGAAAACUCACAGCCGUUCCUCGCAGACCAACAGAAAUUGAGCGUUCUCAACUCAUCAUUUCGGGAAACGUAUUCGUAUUCGUUGAAGAGCUCUCUGGCAUUCGUCGCUGGACCGACGGCCUGCCAUGGUCCCCAUCGCGAAUUUUAGGCAAGUUUCUUGUCUACCGCGAGCUUGAUAAAGCCAAACGCACACAAUCCUCUACUGGAACGGCUCAAGCUCGGCCGGUCUCUCCCAUGAAUCCGACAGGCGGAUCUUUGCGUGCUGGAGGUCUCAUCAAAAAAGCCAUGUCAUUGCAUUUGUAUGACGAGGUGCUCCAGCAACGCCAGACGGUUCAUUUGAUCUCUUAUUUCACCAAGCAAGACUCGGAAUCGGGACUUCUCAAAACCCCUUCAACUGAUUCCUUUUUCCUAUCUGUAACGCCCUGUGCCGAACUUGUGCAGGCACUGGAGAAGAGUAAUGUAGGUGGAAACCACCGGGGCCUUAGCACAACACCUGAGCCAACUACUCCGUCAAGCACUCACUCGUUUCCUCUGAAAUCACCACAGGAUAACCCAUAUUUGUUAUCCGAGCCCAAAACCUCACCUCACUGCCAACAAUCGUAUGUUGCCGGAUUUCCUCAGCGCGUUGCGUCGCUACCUGCCAUGACGGCUACCGAGCACUUCAAGUUUCCCGCUCCAUCCCACGAAUGCGAGCGGCAGACAACUCCGGUCUCACAGACUCAGGCGUCCCUUCUGGUAAUUCCUCGCGAGCAACAGCCACAGCUGCCGGGGUUUCCUCACACAGCUGAGCGUACAACGCCUCUAGAAAGGCCACAUCACCAACCAUUCAAGCGUGGUUCUUCCGUGUACCUACCCCCUCCAAUUAACUCAGCGUACUCAAUGUCAGCAAAUCCAUCGUGGCAUCAUGUUCAUAUUCCGCCUCCAUUACUUCCGCCCUGGCCACAGGUUCCAAUGCAUCAAAGCUACGCACUGUUUGAUGAUUCUCAGUCUCUCCACCACAAUGACUACCGACCAGGUCUUCCUAUCAAUAACCAGUCCUCCUCGGGCAUAGACUUACCGCCUUUGGCUCAUAUUACGAGACAUUUGGACUCUCAACAAUAUGCUCCUUCCCAGAAGUAUUUUCAUAUCUCCUAA